CUGCACUGCUUAGACAGAACACUGUGGUUCUGGACUGGGUAACGAGAGAAGUUGAUCCCGUCUUAUUGGGCUUUGACAGGCGGAGUCAAUGACACUAUUUGUAAAUGGUAGAUUACGCAAACAGCUGAUCAAAAUAAAUCUGGAGAUGGUUUUGUUGUUUUGAAGGUCGAGCUUAGUUUAGAGUCAUUUUAGAUUAGAAUUCCUCCGUUUCGUCAACAAGAUAGAUUGAAAGGUCUGUCGUAAAAGGAAUCUCUCCAGCGACUAAGUUGAUAGAAUUGGAGGCUCUCCCACAGCCAAUCACAUUUGACCCAUUUCACCAUUCAGAGCGCAGAGACUGCAGACUUCUCCACCAAUCAAGUUUAGCAGGUACACUGUGAGUUAAGUGAACAACAAUCAUUAUUGAAGCCCUGUUGGAAGGAUAUAGCUCAGACUAACUUUACGCAUGUCAAACAUGCUUGGCAAACUCACCCGUUUCUUUCUGGGUAAGAUGGACGGCGAAGACAAUGAAGGAAUGAGUGGAAUGAACAAUAUUCUGUACGAGAAUGAGGAAGAUGACUGGAUUAUCGUGAACAUACAAGUUGAAUAUCCUGUGAAAAGAUUGGAAAUCAAUCCUCUGGAAGACCAACUUGGACACCCAAGCAGUAAUAACCAUGACAGUGAAGAAGCAACUGAAUUGACAGAGAAGUUAGAAGGUCACAGGGCUGUUCCAAUCGCUCAUUAUAUCCCUCGAAGAAUGUCCACUUUGUUUGGAGAUUGUGGUAUGGUACAUACCAAUCAGAUGCAUGUCACGCAGCGUGCCAAAUUAUAUGCCGAGCGAAGAAAGCUAAGCCGGAAUCAACUUUUGAGGCAAAACCGAACAAGGAAACGACACUCUACUAAGGAGACCAGUGCCAGACAUUUCAAACAGCCUCGUCAACGCAUUUCCAGAUAUUCAUGGCAGUAAGGACACUCUCUGCUUGGUUUUGGUGGUAAAUUUCAAAGAAUAUCAUUUCUGCAGGGGAUCCCACAUUUGAACGUUAGGAGAUCCGGAGAAUCCUUACAGAAAGUUUACCCCAAAGUGCUUAUGUGUAUGGUGUGUUUAUUUUGCUGACCCUCCCCUCACUCUCUUUAGAAUAGUUAAGUUUUCUAGAGAUAUAGAUGUAAUAUUUUGAUGGCUGUCUUCUUAUGUGAAAUUGGAAAGGAAAUUCUGAGGUUUUCACACCUGAACAGGAUGUGCAAUAUCCAGACAUUGCCCUGCUGCCUGUGACAGCCUUUAGCAAGAAGAGACCUAAGGGGCAACUUUUUCAAGCAGAGGGUGGUUCGUGUAUGGAAUAAGCUGCCAGAGGAAGUGGUGGAGGCUGGUACAAUUGCAACAUUUAAAAGGUGUCCGGAUGGGUAUAUGAAUAGGAAAGGUUUGGAGGGAUAUGGGGCAGGUGCUGGCAGGUGGGACUAGACUGGGUUAGGAUAUCUGGUCGGCAUGGAUGGGUUGGACCGAAGGGUCUGUUUCCUUGCUGUACAUCUCUAUGACUCUACCUAAACUAUAACCCAACAUGACAAACAGCUAAUCCUUCAUUACUAUUUUGAGCUGUCAAACUGUGAAUUUACAAUCCCUUCACUAUGAUAUUUGUGGAAAGCAAGGCGUGUAUGAUAAUGCUAUAAUGAUAGCACUUAGGGUUUUGUCAACAAAUAGAUUUUGAAAUUGCCAGCAUGGAUUUUUUCCCCUCUCAGAUACAGGCUGGCAACCCUUCAAGAAUAUUUAUGUCUAUCUGAAUAUUCAACAUACACUGCAAGAUAAGGUUCCUGCUUCAUUUGAGUUUUCAUCAUGUGAUCUAUGUUAGUCCCCCUUUCCCCAAUUGGUAAAAUUGGAUCUAUGAAAAAUUGGGGUAGGGCCUCUGAAUCUGGGUCCCACCACCCAUUUUUAAUGACCCCUGUCCUCUCCAUGACUUUGCAGAAUCUCAGCCUUGGAAUCCAACGCUUGAUGUGCAGGGAAGUCCCAAGUGGGCAAACAGCAGAAAGCUUGCCUGUAUUUCGAUCUGAUAGGAUGCAAAGUUUUAUAUCAUUAGACUCUAACAUGACCUCUGGAGACUGAAAUAUUGCCAAGCUUUGAUUUGGUACCUCUAUUGCAUGUUAUGGUGAGAGGGUUGAACAAAAUAAAAAUGCUUGUUAUAAUGCUGUGAUAACUGGAUUUCCUAAUUAUCUCUUAAUUAAGCAGAGGAUUUCUGCACAUGUUUUAAAACUGACAAUUUUAAUUUAAAGUCCUAUAACUAACUUUCAUCAUAACAGUGGCACUAACUCAGGCGCUAAAAUGUAGAACAGGUAUUUUAACCUCAUGCUGACAGUUGUUUGAACAUUUCCUGGUGCUGGAACUCAUGCUAGUUGGUUUGAAAGGAGAAUGAUUGCAUAAUUUCUAAUGUCAGUCCCUCCUGACAAAGAACUUGAUAUAUUCCACUUGGUGUACAUGUCUUUCAGCAGGUAAUCAUCAUUCAUUCAUUUUUUUUUGUUAGAACGCAAUCAAUAGUAUAGGACUGAUGCCUUUAACAGUAAAUCUGCACAAUUAUUCUCAAUGUAGCUGUGACUGCUCACCCCAUACAGCCAUCAAUUCCACAUCAGAUUUUCUGGCUGCACCUUUUCGCUUCAAAGAAUAAAUGAUAAAAGGUGACAGUUUCCCAAUUAAAUAGUUACAAAUGCUUGCAGAUAGCAAAUAUUGUGAAGUGUGUAACUGAUAUUGUGAUAGCACUUUAUGAACUCUUAUCAGAUGAAAUCUAGGACAAAAUUUAAAUGUGUAAUGAAUAGAUUCCUUAAAAGAAUUUGUUAUAUUCACAUUCAUACAA